AUGGACGAGAAUGAGCCGCCGCUUCCCGUCAAUCCGCCACCGGUGACGCGCAAUUCGCCGAUCGUCGACACCCCGAGAAAUGUCACGUUUUCGUUGAACAGCGUUAGCGGCGAAGACGGACCACGCGAGCUGAGCGACGAGUUCGCUGUCACCGGCAGCAGCUACUACACGAGCCCCUCGAACAUUGAAUCAGCAUCGCCUGGAAUUCCUUUAGCCGCAUCGCCCAUUUGCACCUCUUCUUAUUUUCCAGGUACAUGGGCCAGCGGCAGCAAUAGCAGCAAUAAUUAUCCAGAAUUAUCGAGUUCCAACCCGAAUCCGAUGAUCAUUGAAGAAGUAAUCGCGUCGGCGGCGGCGACAAAAGCCGUCGCCCAGCAGAUUUAUCGCUCGACGACGCCGCGGAGCAUCGGAAAUUCCCUCGAUUCGUUGUCCGAAUGUCCGCAGCACGAAGAAUACUCGACGAUUGCUCCCCAACACGCCGAUCGUAGUCAGUCGCUAGGUGACUUGGUCGUCGCCGCGAAAGAGGACGAUGAAAUCUGUAAUGGCAGUUUCGACACCCUGAUGUCGAAAGGCCUCACUGAUAGCGGCAUUAGCGGUGGUUUGGCGAGAGAGACAAACGACGAAAACGCCAGAAUUUAUUCUCAGGACUCGGUCUCAUCGCCGGACGCCUAUUCGACGGCGAGCAUCUCAUUCAGCUCAUUCGAUCAUUCCGGGUUUCCCAAUGAUAGUGUCGAAGACCGCUCGCGAUAUUCGCACGACGAACGGAAACCGUCUGAAUUGCCGGCGAUAUCCGAAGAAUCGGAACACGAACAACCGGCCGCGAUGUCAUCGGUGACUCGUUCGGUCGAUCGCGACGUCAUCGAGCAUUCGUACCCGAUGACGCAUUGCAGUAGCGCGCCGCUUAGCAUGUAUCCUGUGAAUAGUUCGAUUGCGCACAGGCGUGUCGUUAGCGACGACGUCACCGAGAUGAAUCGCCUCAAACGAAGCUCCGAAGUGGAGAAUGUCGACCAAAUUGGGCAAUUUCACUUCGAUCACAAAUCGUCGCCGCUGAAAUCGAAAGGACGGUGCAAAAGUUUGAUGCUGGUGCUUCAGGACGAGGCGAGCACCGAUGAGGAGGAGGAUGACGAUGUCGGCGACGCGCGAGACAACGAUAUGCUCAUAUUGAACAAGGCGAAUGAAGUGAGCGGCGGACAACCGAAAAAUCGCGGAGGCGCCUAUAAGUAUAUUCAGGAGAAAUGCACACCGGUGCCGAUGUCGACGGCCGAACCGCCGCCGGUGCUCAUCUCGCGAAAGGUCUCGACGCGAUCGACGCCCACGAAAUUCGCCAGCAAUCAAUCGUGGAAGGACAAAAUGCCGCCGUUUUCGAUGAGUGGACAUAAUAUGUACUCACCACAAUCGCUGCCCAGUCGAGAGAACUUCUUAAGAUCGCCUAUUGACGGUAAUGGGACGAUUGGAACCUGCGGAUCGACUAGCUCGCUGGACGUCGUCGUCGAGACGACCGACGGCCGGCUGUCGGACGCUGCCGUCGAGGCGGAGCUGCCGCCGCUGUCGGCGAUCUAUCGUCGAACGACAUCGAUCUCGUCGACGGCGACCGCCGAUAUUGUCCAUGAGCCGCCGACGCCGUCGUCGCCGAUCGGCCAACAGCAGCAACAGCAGCAGCACUCGUUUGUGCGGCGCAGCCUGCGCAAGAUCAUGAAGCGCGGAACGGUGAGCGCGUCGGCGAUCGAACGUGUCGUCGAUCAGUAUGACGGUGUCGGUCGGCCGAUCGGCAUCAAGCGGCGAUCGUCGGCGGCGGCGAAUAUACUAGCGUCGGCGCAAGCGCAUCUCAAACCGCGAACGAAAAGCUUAAAGAAGCAAAGAAUUGGCAAACCAACGAAAAAAGAGAAGUCGGGAUCUGAUACGUUCACGUUUGGCAAUUUGUUCCGCAAAAAGAAUCAGCCGAAUCGCGCGAAUCUCGCCGACAUCAUUUCGGAUCUCGAUCAGCGUUCGUCGAAGCAGAAUCUCGCCGGUUCGAUAGCUUCUGGAAAUAGACGCAGCACAUCUGCCUCGGUUCUGCCAACAUCAGAUGCGGGAAUGUUCGAGUCAUCGUCGCAUGAUGAAUAUCGCGACGCCGAAUCUCGCCUUGUAUACGGUGGAUCGACGACGAAGUAG